CAAAAAUAAUGUUGUCAACAAUGUCAAUAACCUCUCUAACCUCCAAAAAAAUUCUUUUUAUAAGUUACAAAAUGUAAUUAAUAAGCAUAUCGUAGAAUACUUUUCAGAAAUAAAAGUUAAAAUUUGUAGGUAUAAUUAACUAAUAGAAUUAUCACAAUGGCAGAACAAAUUAUUAACGAAAUGGAAAAUGCUGCUAACAUUAUAACGGCACCUCCAAAUUUGGUAACGGACGAUCAACGUAGGGCGGCAGAAACUAUCUUCUUAAGUUUCAGAAAGACGAAAAGUCCAUACAAUAUUUGUAAACAAAUUUUAGAAACAUCUAAUGUUCCUUUUGUUCUAUUUGAGACUGCAGAAGUUUUAAAAAAUGCACUUAUUAGAGAAUGGGCAUUUAUACCAGAAACAAACAUAGUUGCUUUACGUCAGUAUCUCAUGCAAUAUGUAAUUUUUAAAGAAGGUCUACCCUAUUAUGUACAGGAGCGCAUUUUACAAGUUAUUGCCAUCAUGGUAAAAAGAGCUAGUGUAGAUGACUUUGGUCAAGAACGUUCUAAUAUCCUAAAAGAAAUAGAAAAUCUAAUUUUAAAUUGUUCACAUGAAAAGAAAAUGAUUGGCUGCAGUCUUAUACUAUGCAUGUUACAAGAAUAUGAAACUUCAAUUAAAUCAACAGAUGUUGGUUUGCCUUGGGAAGUUCAUUUUAAAGCCAAAAAACAUUUUGAAGCUACUGAUAUGAAGCGAAUAUUUCAAUUCUGCAUUCCUCUUUUAUCAGAACUAGUCAAAAACGACAUCCCAUUUGAGAAAAACCUUUAUGACCUAAUGUUGAAAUUGUUAGAAAUCACCUCCACUAUAUUAACUUGGGGUUACAUAUCACCUCUCUGUCCUAAGAAGUUAAUUGGAGUGUACGAGUCAAUAUACGAGUCUUCUAAUCCGCCGUUGUUACGUUUAAGUAUGCUCUGGAAGGAUGUGAUAUUUUCAUCUGAAUUUCUUCCCUUGAUGUUUCAAAUUUAUUGGAAAGUCCGCGACCAAGAAGCCUUAGCCCAUUACGCCCUUACGUGCCUUGUACAGUUAGCUUCUUUAAAUGGUAGUAUUAUGGGAGAUGAUGAUUUGCGCAUACAGUAUUUUACCACAUACAUGGAGAAUUUUUUAAAACUAACGAAUAGUGUAAAUAUUAGAAAUAAAGAAUCUAUAGGAAUAUCAAAUAUUGUUCGCAAAUUACAACUCUAUUUUGCAAGAGAUCUCCAAAAAAUCCCUAAAAAUAUUCAGGAGUCGUUUUUGGAUGAUAUUACAAGAAUAACGUGCUUCUUCGUUGAAGGCGCAGCUAAAGAAGAAAUGGAUGAUGAUAAAUAUUAUGUAGAAGCACUUGAAAAUAUGCUUGAAGCUUGGACCAGUAUUUUACAAGAAUUCAUCCCUGACAGCGAAAACGCUGUAUUAAAUGCUGCCACACAAAUAUUUAAUUCAUAUUUAAAAUGUCAUAUUGGUCCUCCUGAUGGUUGUAGGAGCAUCAGAGAAGAACCCGAAGAGAUAGAAGAUAACGAGGACAACGACCGCAUUAAAUUUAGGGACCAAUUACAGGUAAUAGGAAUGAUUGGUCGUACCAUUCUCAGACAUUCUCUUCCUCUCCUGUUUGGAUUAUUAGAAGAUAGGAUAAUUAAAUUGAGAGCCAUGUUACAUGUUAUGCAAAAUCAAGCACUAACUCUUAACGAUGCGGCAACUUUAGACAAUAUUUUCGAAGAUAUUCAUUGGACCAUUUUGAUCGCUGGCCACACUCUUUGCAUGGACAAUGAGGGUGAAACUCCUCUGAUUCCUUCAGAAAUAAUGCAAUAUUCAUUAGAACAAUGUAACAAAGAAGAAGUAACUAUAGAAGAUACUCUACUUUUUUUAGCAUCGAUACAACAGAUUGGUGUGGAAGUGGAUUCUGCAAAUAAAUGCGAUCACGCCCUUAGGAUCUUCAGUGAUAUUUUAAAACUUUGUUCUUUAGAAACGUCAGCAGCAGAAGCUAAAUUGGGACACUUUAUGAGUCCUGAGGUUGGAUGCACCCUCAUGUGGUUUUUAAAAAGAUGGUGUCGCUCGUUUUUACUACCAAUGGAACCGCUUUAUCACGAAAUAAGUCCUACAAUUGUACGUUGUUUAGGUGACGACACAGAAGGGGCUUCUUUUGUAGUAAAUUACAUUUUGUCCAAGAUUCAAUCAAAUAUUUGUCAUUUUGGCUCUGAACCUGUUCUUCUCAAAGACACUGUCGAACUUUUCGCCGACAUAGUUUGCUUUAAAGAAAAGUCAGUAUAUAUAGUGAAAACAGAAGGUCUAUGGAACUUGGUGAAUUUACAAUCGAAACUAAAUGCAGCAUCCUUGCCUCCAAAUGUGCGCCGGGGUCUCUACAAGGGUUUCGUGAAAGCAGGGGCAUCUCUUUUGAACCCCCAAGAAGCCAACGAGUACUUCCGACAAAUUUUCAAACCUCUACAGUCACGAUUCAAAGGACUUUUGUCUCAAGAGAAUUUCAAUCGCAUUUAUCAAGAAGAAAAAGUACGGAAAGAAGUACUCGAUAUCCUCGAAUGCUUUGUAGGGGUUGCAAAAGGAGCACAAAUGGCAACAGUACAAAUAAUAUUCGAUUACAUUGCCCCUGUCUUGUCAGAAUUACCCGUUUUUAUUCAGUUGUAUCAUAACUACCAGGUGAUAGUGCAGUUGAUUCUGGAACUUUUUGGACAAACUGCCAAAUACAUGCUGUGUUUUCUUGGUCAUUUGGAUAGCAAACGUUUGUACGAGUUCACUUUGGCCACCAUACAAGCGUACGCCAAAUGCAAUGCGAAUCGUUUUACAUCAGAAGUUUUCCAAGAAGAAUCGAGUUAUCAAGACCUUUUGCUCGUUCUCGAACUUCUCAUCAUGAUUUUAACAAAAGACUGCCUAGAUUUCAGUUCGCAAGUUUUGGUCGAAGAGGUAACAGUAAGUGCAGUAGACGUAGCUCUCUUUGGACUCAAUUUCGUUAUGCCUCUGAUGACCCUCGAUCUAUUAAAGUACCCCUCACUUUGUGCUCAAUACUAUAAGCUAAUUGUUCUCAUAAGUGACAUCCAUCCAGAUAAGGUGUGCACUUUACCAGAACCGAUGUUAACUGCUCUCUUAAACUCUGUCAGAUUGGGCAUAACUUCCGGUUUUGGCAAUGACAUCGUACAACACUGUCUCGAUUUUAUCCAGGCUUUAGCAGGGCACGUGUUUGACAAUCAGGAUACUAGAAAGGUGGCUUAUUCAUUAUUGGAGCCUUUUCUUAAGCUCCUACUCGAUUUGACAUUGACGCACGAACUCAGUUCCGAUGUUAUGGUAUUCGCAAGUACGGCCAUUUACUCCCUCAUUUGUUGCUAUAAAGAUCGAUAUCGAUCGAUUGUGGAAGAAUUGAUUCAAACGCAACCUGACCCACUUGUGGCCGAUCGUCUCGCGGCCGCAUUUACUCAACUGACCAAUAACGUUUCAUUGACUAGCGAACGAUGGCCGAAGCUGAAAUUCCGUGACAAUUUCGAUAAAUUUAUCGCAAAUGUACACGGGUUUUUAUUGGUUAAAUAAAAGUGCCAAUUAUUUUUAUUGUUGCAACUUCAGCAAUUGUUUUUGUUAGUAUUUUUUCAUAUGUAAAUAUUAUAGGCGAAAUAUAAUGUGUUCGUUUUUGA